AUGGAUGCAGAUCUGGGGAGUGCAAUGAACUGGUCUCCUGAGUGGCUUCAGGAGUGGACUCCUGAGGGGCUUGAGGCCUCCACGAACCCACACCUGAACCCAAACUUCCUCCAGAAUCAUGAACUGCAGCCCUUCUGUAUGCCGCUGACCAGCACCGGGCCUCUGCUGUCAGACAGGCGCAGAUGGACUCCUGCGAGGGACCCACAAAUCCUGCACGCAGUGGAAACUGUUGGCUUCAACAGUUAUGUGGAAAAUCCUUGCAUCUGCCCCUGGAAACAGGUUCAACAUAAUAUAAAUCAGACGCCUGCUUAUUAUUUUUAUAACAACCAAGUCCCUGAAUCCCCAACAGAGAGUGAUGAAGAGUCUCUCCACGUUGUCCCCAAAAAGUACAGAAAGGUCGCGAUUAAAUACUCUAAACGUGGACUGGAGGGCUUCAACUUCAGCAGUUACAACCAGACCAUGUUUGCUGGCCUGGAGCCAGACAUUCCCAGUGCUUACUGUAACUCCAUGAUCCAAGUGUUAUAUUUCCUGGAGCCGAUUCGGUGUCUUGUGCAGAAUCAUUUGUGCCAGAAGGAGUUUUGUCUGGCCUGCGAGCUUGGCUUCCUCUUCCACAUGUUUGAUUUUUCAGGAGGAGAUCCAUGUCAGGCCAGAAACGUCCUCCGAGCAUUUCGAAACAUCCCCGACGCCAAGGCACUGGGCCUGAUCCUUUCAAACCACGAGGAGAGGACAGGAAAAGCUAAAAUAGGUCGCUUAAUCCAGAGAUGGAAUCGCUUCAUCCUCUUGCAGCUCCACCAGGAGACGCAGGAGCAGGAGAGCGAGUCUGUCAUUGGAAAGCUGUUUGGUUCUGAAGUUGAGAACAGAAGUUUGUGUGUCUGUGGCAAAGAAACGGUCCGCUCCCCCCUCACGUUGCUGUUCAACAUGCGUUACCCUGAGCACAACUCUCAAGCAGAAACAAUAAAGGAGUACGACUUUGCUGAGAUCCUGAAGAAAAGCAUCUGCCUGGAGCAGAGCAGUCAGGCAUGGUGUGACAACUGUGAGAAUUAUCAGCCCACAGUGCACACCCGCAGCAUUCGACAUCUACCAGACGUUCUGGCCUUAAACUGUGAGGUGAACAGCGCCAAAGAGGCUGAAUUCUGGAAGGUUCAGGCCGAGUAUGCUUUCAAUAAGGCCAUGCAGAAAGCAGCAAUGGAGGCCUCCAGCAUGGGGGGCAUCGGGUGUGGCACUCAGGCAGAGGAUCAGCGUCAUGUCUGGAUCCCUGCCACUCUUAAGAUGUCCAUCAGCAAAAAUCAGGAACUAGAGAUCAUGAGCUGGCCUGAGAGUGAGGAGUUAAGUGCUGCUGAAGAAGGGGAGGGAGCUUCUCUGUAUGACUUGGUGGUGACAGUGCCACACAUCCUGGAUGGCAAGGCUGGAAAUCUGGUUGCACACAUCAAAGUGGGCGAGACCUACCAUCAAAGAAAAGUGGGCGUCGCUCAACAGCAGUGGUAUCUCUUCAAUGACUUCCUCGUCGAACCCAUUGAUAAGACUGAGGCUGUACAGUUUGAUGUGAGCUGGAAAGUUCCAGCUAUCCUGUAUUACACCAAGAGGAACUACCACACCAAAUACGACCUCCACAUUAAAAGGCCCGUAGAUGCUAGCGUGAUGCACACAGAGGCAUCGCUGACUCAGAGGAAGACAGAUGCCACUUUCAUGCCCCUCAUGGACAAUGAGAUGCUGCAGGAUGGUGACCUGGUGGGGCUGGAUGCUGAGUUUGUAAUGCUCCGUCAGGAGGAAACAGAGCUGCGCAGUGACGGCACCAAGUCCACCAUUAAGCCCAGUUACAUGUCUGUGGCCAGGAUCACCUGUGUGAGGGUUCAGGGACCCAACAAGGGGAUUCCCUUCAUCGAUGACUACAUUUCCACUCAGGAGCAGGUGGUCGACUAUUUGACACAAUAUUCUGGUAUCAGACCUGGAGACCUGGACGCCAAAAUAUCCUCUAAGCAUCUGACCACUCUGAAGUCAACCUACCUAAAGCUGCGCUUCCUCAUCGACUCAGGAGUUUGCUUCAUCGGUCACGGCCUUCAGAAUGACUUUCGUGUCAUUAAUUUAAUGGUUCCCAAAGAUCAAGUUGUCGACACUGUCCAGCUCUUCCGUUUGCCCCACAAGAGGAUGAUUUCUCUGAAAUUUCUUGCUUGGUAUUUUCUCGGCCUCAACAUCCAGAGGGAAACCCAUGACAGCACAGAGGACGCAUGCACUGCGCUGCAGCUUUACGAGAAGUACCUGGACCUUUUUUUUGGAAGUGGGAAUAAUUACGUGAUGAAGGUCCUCUACGAACUCUAUGAUAAAGGCUUCCAGCUGAAAUGGAAAAUCCCGGAUCUGGACAUGAGCCGGCCACUUAUGUACUGA